AAUCGCGGAUCAACAAAACAAGUUUCCCGGUCUCGUCGUGUGUUCACAUUGACAGCGUGUGCUCAGACCGUGAACUGCAAAGAAGGGGUUGAGCUAUAUUUAAACUCAUGAAACGUUUUUCGGAGGUUAUUUAUCUCGUUUUUUAAGCUUUAAAAAUAACCAUGAAGUUCCAGUUGGACACAUUAAUAGAGACUCUGGGAAAGCCUGGGAAAUACCAGCUGGGGAUAUUUUUCCUUCUAGCAUGCAACUAUUUCCCAGUAGUAUUCAACAUUGUCAUUAUGGCUUUCUUUGGUUUUACCCCAAAACAUUCAUGUGUUUCCAACAAAUACAGCAUCAGCAAUGUCAGAAUGAAUGACAGUAGUACUGUGAACAGUUCACUGAGGCCAGUACUUGGAGAGUGUGUUAGUACCUACUAUGUGGCUGGAGGGGUCAAUAAGACUGCCAGUUGUUCUGAUGACCCAGACAGCUACUGGGAGUUUCAAACUGGUGAAACGGAAGCCACUAUUGUGUCAGAGUGGAGUUUGGUCUGUGAAUCUAGAUAUCUUUCCAAGCUGGCCACCACGCUUUAUUUUUGCGGUGUGAUGGUGGGCGGUUUACUUUUCGGUUACGUGGCUGACAAAUAUGGCCGCAAGCCUGCAAUGCUGGUGACUCUUUACUGCCCGAUACUGAUUGGACUAGGAAUCGCAUUCUCCAACAAUUAUUACCUGUUUGUGAUUCUGAGAUUUUUUAUGGGGAUGUUUUUGCAGGGCCUUCAAACCAGCAGCUAUGUGCUUGUGAUGGAGAUGUUUCUGCCAUGUUAUCGUGGUGUAGCUGGUGCCAUGUUGGAAGUUUUCUGGGGUAUCGCAGUGAUGCUGGUGGCCCCUAUUGCUUACCUAAUCCAGAACUGGAGAUAUAUCCAGCUAGCUAUUUCCCUACCAAGCAUACUAGCCAUUGGAUACAUAUGGCUGAUCCCAGAGUCUUUGAGAUGGCUGGUUAUUCAGAAGAAGAUGGAGCCUGUGAAGGAACUGGUGCAGAAGAUAACCAAAUUUAAUGGCCUCCCCUACCCCUCAGAACCAAUGGAUGCCAUCAUCUCUCAUGAUAAAAUCACGUCAGAGAAAGCCAGACAGUUUUCCUUCUUUGACCUGCUGCAGACUAGAGAGAUGAGGAAGAGGAGUCUGGUGCUCUUCUACUUGUGGUUUGCUGUUGCUGUGACUUACUAUGCCUUACUUCUAAACAUGACCAGUCUGGAUGGAAACCGAUACCUGAAUUUCUUUAUAAGUGCAGUAGUAGACAUGGUGGCUUUCAUUGCAGUUGUCUUUAUUGCCCGGAAGUACCCCAGAAGAAUUCCGAUGCUGAUCUUCUUCGUUAUUGGUGGAUUGGCCUGUAUCACUGCAGGAGUCAUUCCAUUUAUCUGGAAGGUUGCAAACAUGGAUGAGAAGGCUCGUAGACAGAUGACUAUUACUGGAUUUGCCAUAGUUGGCAAAUUUGGAGCCAGUGGAGUUUUUAGCUUGAUCUUCCUCUAUACUUCUGAAUUGUAUCCAACUGUUAUUAGAAACAUUGGAAUGGGAAGCUGUGCAUUCUGGGCCAGAGUUGGGGGAGUGGUAGCACCACAGAUCCUAGCCCUGGGGGACCUCAGCCACAAGUCUAUUUCUGUGAUCAUAAUCGGAGUUAUCACCCUUGUUGCUAGUUUUCUUUUGCUGCUGCUGCCAGAAACCAUGGGAACCAAGCUGCCUGACACCAUAUUGGAAGUAGAGGAUCCAAACAGAACAGACAACACUGAUGUUGGUCUCCAUGGUGAUGGGGAUCGGGAUGAUCUAAUGACACACCAUAAAGAACAAAAUGUGUAAAAAAAAAAAAAAAAAAAAAAAGAAUCACCCAGGUUAUUUUUUGAAUCUCAUGAUACUAGUAUUACCAAGAUCUUAACUUUGUGCAGCUUUAAGUUAUUUUUGUCAAUUAGGUGUGAUUUUUUUUUAUAUUGAUAUACACGUUUUAUUAAAUAACAUAUAUCUUAUAAGUUAACAAUCAUAAAAUUCUUUGUCUGGAGUGAGUCACUAAUUUUAAACAAACUUUUUUGUAUUUAUUGUAACAUCUUGUUUUGGACUGCCAAAUAUUGUAAUGUUGAAAUAUGUUGUAUGGUUGAUAUGGGUUAAAAAUAGUUUUACAUAUAUGUUCAUAUGUAAAGAUUUGUGUACAUUUGUUGUAGACACUUCCAGUGUAGCGCUGUUUUUAGCAAGACAUAUGUUUGUCUUGUUUUAUUGCCCUUUUUGUAAAUCUUAAGUUUAAAUUGGAACUGAGAGUAAGGUUGUUUUUUCUUGUACAUGUACUUGUUAAGCAAGAAAGAGCAGGCUUACAUUAAAAAUACAAGAAUUUUCAGGAUUCCUAAAUGACUGUUGAUUUACAUAAAGGGUAAUAUAAAAAUUUACAAAAUUGCGAAAAUAAAUAUAAGUCAUUGGUAGCCCAUUGUGUGAUUAAUAUUUACGAUAUUAUAGACAAAUGUUGUAUUUUUGAGAAUCGGUCACAUGAUCUAGAAUCUCAUCUACAACAGGUGUGUAAACAUGGAAACAAAUAUCUCUUUUGCUGUUGUUUUAAGGUUUUUUAGUUGUACGAUCAUACUGUGUGAUAAAUAAGAUACAAUGUGUUACAUAUUUUUGCAACAAUUCAACAGCAAGUUGACAAUACCAUCUUCAAUGUAGAAUCUUUUUGAAUCUCAUCUUUCCAUGCAUAUUAUUGCACUGAUCCAAUUUCCAUGCAUUUGUGCUGACAUUUUUCACCCUAGCAUUCUCCAUCAUUUUGGUGCAUAAAAUGCAGUUUUCAAAUUAUUAAGGUUCUACAAUGUUGUCAAAGAUAUCAAACAAUCAUGCAUGGGCUACAUUCACACACCCUAUAAAAACAGUGUUACUGGAGAUUAGAUUUAGACAUUUAUUAUACUGUUGUGUUGAUUUUUUUUGUGCUUUGAGAUUAAAAUUGAUAAAUUGUA